AUGGCCGGCCCGAAUUCGCCCAAAUCGCCCGUCUAUUCGACCAUUGUCCCGCCGACCUGGCCGGUGACGCCGAUCAGCAAGGCGCUGCCGGUCUCCAAGAAGCUCGUCGAGCCGUCCACCUCGAGCACCACCCAACCCAACACGUUCACCACCUCGACCCCAAAGUUGGAGAUGGUGGUCAAGGACAAGAAGCAAAGCCCCGGCACCCCGAUCAUCACCAAGGGUUUCCUGCGCCUUGAAUGUGAAUCGUUUGUUUGUAAUAUGCUUGGCGACUAUCGUUUGAAUAAGGGACUUCCGGGUUUCCGGCCGAAAACUGGAAAAUCAAUCUUGGUACCUCAUUCUUCCACGCUCAUCAUCAUGAGUGGUACCCCCAAAAACUCUGGUACUGACGGAAAUUCGGCGCCUCCCAACGGCAACAAGCAACACAUUCCCAAGUCGGACCCGCCCAACUACCCGUCCUUCCCCACCGAUAUAAUUUUUGGGAAGAAAUCGACUUCCAUGACCGCCAUCUGCAACGACGACCAGGGCCCCAUCACCGACCCCUCGUCGCCACCGUCUCCUGCUUCUAGCUGCCCCUCCUGGAUGGAGCGUAUCCUGCCCGGGACGUUGAUCAUGGUCGGAUCUUGCCUCGGCCUGGAAUACCUGGCUGAUUCGCCAAGCGACUUCAAGGUCGAAGUUAUGUCGGUCGACGACACGCAGAUGGAGGUGGCCCAGGACGACUACAUGGACAUCGACCAUGUCGACGACGCCGCCGAGCUGUUGGCCAACGUCACUCUCAACUACAACAACAACAACCCCAACUACCACAACUACCACGGUUACAAC